AUGGCUGCCCUUUUUUUGCUGGUCACCGCAUUGGCUGCGCUUGCCAACGCGGCGCGUAUUCACGGCAAUUUCAGGGUUGAUAAUGUGGCCUGGAAGCAGCGGCCCCUGCCGUCUCCGUUCUUGAACUCUCAAAGCCAGGCAGCCCACAACGAUCUGGAUGCUGCAGUGAAAAUCGCGCGAGACAUGGUGAGUCCUUUGCGCUUGGAUGUGGAGGAAGAUUUGCCGAUGCAACAAGUUCUGCAGUCAGCUGCUGCGGCGCAAUUUGAGGCACCGCUGGCACCUCAAGUACCCAGCCAGACUGUGGUGGUGAAAAAGGAGCCUGUGGUGCCACGCAAGAAGGAGAAGCAGUUGUUCAUCAAGUACGGCUUCAAUAAGAAUGGCACCCUGAACUUUCAGGAACUACGCAAACUCCUGAAGAAGGGAGAUGCCAAGGUAACUGAUACGGAGGCGGCUUGCUGA